AUGUGUCAGCACGGAUGCGGCGCAUUUCCAAUCUCAGGAGAGCAUUUGAAUUUGACGAAUUUGGAAACUGGAGUGUACGCUGUGCGCAAAGACUUGUUCAACUGGGACAACGUGAACUCUUUCUGUGCGUCGCAUGACUUGCAGGCGAUCACGCUGAACUCGCAGCUCGAAUUUAAUCUUAUCUCGGCGCAACUGAGUGCCGAGUUUUGGACGUCAGCUCGUUAUGAGUCGGGCGAAUUCGUUUGGGCUGAAAACUCCGUACUCCUGCCGAUCAACUCAACCUUGUGGGCCGACGCCGAACCGGACGAUUUCCUCACCUCCAACAGGGCCUGCGUGAAAGCGUCGCCAGAGUUGAAACUGUUCGACGACGACUGCAGACGGCCUCUUUGGUUUGCCUGCGAAAUGCCGGAAUCCUGCUACGUUUGAAAUUUUUGUGAAUAAAUCUGACUAGAUUGAUUCAUUGAGUCCG